AUGCGCGCUCAGGCCCGCGGUAAGCACUCGGGUGUGAAAAAGCAGAAGAACUGGCAAGCCGUUCACAGAGGAUGGCAAGAAGGUGUUUUCCCUACCUGGCCGAUGGCCCAAAGGAUGGUUGACGGAUAUCCCAACGCCAAAUAUCGAGCGUUCCGGAACAAAGCCGAAGCAUUCCGCUAUGUAAAGGAGGGGUCUGUGUCUCUAGGCGACCCUCUUCCGGCCGAAGAUUCCCCUUCUACCGAGCACUCAACUUUUCCCAAGCGGUCUCCUUCUCCUAAGCGGUCCCCUUCUUCUCAGCCAAGCUCUCUUCGAAGGUCUUCAGCCCACAGGGCCUCAGUUGCCGUACGAACUCCCACGGUCAAGUCUAGGUCAUCCGCUUCCUCUAGGUUGCCUACCGGACGAGUCUCAAUCUCACGAUCGGCAAGAAACCUUAGGCGUCCGCAGCGAGACUUUACCGACGAUUACAGUAAGAGACUUCAUUGGAUUCAUAAAGCUAUCGGUGAUGAGAGACUUCAACAGCUUAUUGAGGAUGUCACGGGCUUAACCAUUGGGUAUGAGCCUGAAACUGGAUUGCAACAUCAUAUUGCUCCAGUUGAUGAACCUCGAGCUUCUACUGAGGUGGACACUGACUAUGGCGAUGAGGAGGCUGAGGCCGUCAUGUACGAAAUGGAGUUGGAUGAUGACUAUUGA